AUGAUUAUAUCUUCUCAAAUAUUCACUGUUCACAGUCGGAAGUUUUCUCCACCUAGUGUUAAAAUCAUGCAAGUUACUGGUGAUCCACAUCUGGGUUAUAUCAAUGUACGCGCUCCUCCAUACAAUGCCACAGGUGAUGGAGUUACUGAUGAUACAAAUGCAUUUCAAAAAGCUUUGAACGACGCUGGUAACAUGGGUGGUGGCAUUGUAUUUGCGCCUGAGGGAAAUUAUUUAAUUGCUAGUCAAUUAACUGUUCCAGCUGCAACAGUAUUGAAAGGCGUAGCUUCACAUGUUCAACGGCAUUGGGGUAAUCCAAGUACGAAAACUGUAUUUGGAACCACUUUAUUAGCUAUCGCCGAUGCUGGAAAUGAAAACGGUCUACCAUUCAUUUCUUUAGUUGGUGAUAGCAGUGGCAUUGAAGGCUUACAAAUCUUUUAUCCUAAUCAAGUCGCGAAAAAUCCGCCCAUUUCCUACCCAUGGACGAUUCGAUGUGGACAAAAAGGAUUGAGCAUUGAAGAUAAUUUUGUCAAAAAUGUCCUUUUAGUCAAUCCAUGGAAAGGUAUCGAUGCCGCAACAAAUCAAGCACCUCGACAUUGGUUCGAAAAUAUCUAUGGUCAACCAUUAUCGAUUGGUAUAGCUGUUGAUCAGUGCUACGACAUUGGACGAAUUAAUCAUAUCCAUUUUUGGCCAUUUUGGUCAAGCGAACAAGCAUUAUGGGAUUGGGUUAAUAACAAUGCUAUUACAUUUCUCUUCCAACGAACAGAUUGGGAAAUUGUUGAAGAUGUCUUCAGUUGGGGUUAUCAAACCGGCAUGGCGUUUCGUACAAGCUCAUAUGGAGCUUGCAAUGGACAAUUUACUGAUAUUAAUUUUGAUAACGUUGACAUUGGAAUUGAUGUUUCAUAUACUCAAACGUGGGGAAUUUUAUUUUCCAAUUUAAAUUUAGCUAAUGCUGGUGGUGGUUCAAAUCGUAUUGGAAUCUUAGGACGUGCAGUAAAUGGCACGCGACCAACAGAUGCUGCUGUCGUUGUGCGUGGUGCGUCAUUUUGGGGACUGUUUCAAAAGCAUUUGUCUUGGUCACAUGUUGGUUUAAUAUCAAUUAGUGAUUCAUUGUUUAAUAAUUGGAAUAAAACAUCACCAGCGAUUGAAAUUCAAGCUGGACGCGCAAUGAUCAAUAAUAACUAUUUCAGUGAUAAAAUUGGUAAAGCUAUGAAUGUAUCACUAGGCGCAGAUCAGGUUACAAUUACCAAUAAUCAUUUAAACGGAAAUUCUCUAGAAGUCGCUUCGAAACCAAGUAUCUUAGUUGCUAAUAAUUUACCUUGA